AGGACACACUAACCAUUGCAGCAUCGUAUACAGUUAUCUUCAGGACAAUGUCAAUUCGAUAAGAUUCCUGAAAAGAACGUUUUCCCGUUUCCAUGCAAGGGCAAAGCAGACUUACCGACUUCUUUACUUCACCGGCCAGGAGGAAAUCCAGUCCAGGAACACCAUUAUUUGACCUGAGCGCAGAAGAGCCAUCACCGAAGAGAAUAAAAACUCAAAGGAUAGCAAGAAAUGAUGACAUCCGUCAAACGAUUUUGGAUGCUGGGCAGAAGAAUAUCGGUGGCCACUACUGCAAACAGUGCGACAUGAUAUACUGUGUCGACAGUAUUUCCGAAGUUGCUAUGCACGAUAAGCACCACAGCCGAUUUUGCGACAUAACAAGAGUCAAAAUAUCUGCGUCACAGCUCAACAUCUGGUUAAGGAAAGAGUGCCACUACUCCACAGGUCAUGGAUAUGUGUUUCGCAUCGUACCCGAUUCUUCUACGUCUUUGAAGAGGAAGGCAGAGAACAUAAUUGAGGAAUUAGUAAAUCCAAGCGUUGGAUUCUCCACGGACCUUUCUAUCUGGGGAUGGGAUCAACGCAGAACAGUAUGGGUCUCAGUAACAACUGAGAACUGCAAUCGCUGCAUAGCUGGAAUCAUCGUAACCGAACCGCUAAAUUCUGCUCAAGAUUUGGCAUCCGGAAUGGAAGUACGUGACGAGAAUUCUAUCAUUGGUGUAAAUCGCAUUUGGACGCAUCCUUCAGCAAGAAGAAAAGGCAUUGCCACCGAGAUUCUUGACGUCAUAAGGAGAUGGUAUUUCACCGGAACACAUGUCCCUAGGAAUAGAGUUGCAUUCAGCGAUCCGUCCGAAGAUGGUCGGAAGUUUGCUGAAAAGUAUAUAGGGGGCCCGGAGAAACCGUCUUCCUUCUUGGUGUACGCUGUCACAAAAUGACCAUUUUAAAGUGAACAGUAAGGUGAAUUGAGCUGCCCUGCCGUUAUAGACCUAGAGCAUUACGCUUCCAUUCGACUUUCUUGUGAAUAUGCUGUACUAUAGAUUCGCAAUUUUGAUCCUUGUUCAUAAUCUUGUCAUAGUCAUUUGUCUUAUUUCUGGUCUUAUUGUUAGUAUUACAUCAUAUUGAUACACAGUACCACAUAUAUCGCUCUCAAGCAUACAUAAAUUGCUGUAUAAUCAUCAUGAGAUGUUGCCCUUUCGUGU